AUGUUUCUCAGUGUUUGUUUUACAAUUCCAACUAUUUAUGAUAAUCGAAAAUUCUAUUUGGAAAAUGGAGAUUGGGUUGUGAAAUAUUUACCAGAAACAAUAAGAAUUGAACGAAUUAUGAUUUGUGUAUUGAUAUUCAUCAAGGAAUUCAUUCAAUUUGUAUUCGGAACUCUUACGAUUCUUCGACUAAGAAAAUCAAAAAUAGUUUCAAAAGAUAAAAAACUGGUUUAUGUCACUUUAUUGCAUUCCUUGGCGGACCUUGGAGUUCUUAUUUUUGAGUUCACUAAGAUAUUCAAUCCAGAAUAUUCUUCAAAUCUCACAAGAAAUUCUGUAUGUUUUUUUUUACGUAGAAUUUAUACUCAAAGUAGUUCAUUCACACCAAUAAUUUCAGGGGGUAUUUCUGAUUUUCAUUCUAUCUUCUAUCAAUUGUAUUACCAUAGUUCCAUCAAACAAAACAAUUUGGAAAAACUAUAAGAACACUGUUUUAUGCAGAAUAUAUUCUGGAAAAGUUGAAAAUUUAUCAGCUAAUUUGAAUUCUGACAAACAUUAA